UGUAAACAGUGUUUUCCAACACUGUCCAACGAUAACACGUGCGAGAUUCGAAAUUGCCGUGUUUUUUUUUUUUAAACCACCUGAACGAAUGCACUAACAUGGACACCGGCGAAGAGCUGAAGUCCUGGCUGCAGGAGGAGACCAAACCGUAUGCGGCACGUGUUGAAUUCGCUCUACGCGUCUGGCAGUCUGUGGAGUUUCCCUAUCCCAGCAAGUUUGAGAUCAUCAUCCGAUGGCUGAGCGAAUCCCUUGGCUCUUGUACACAACUACCCAUCCAGCAGCUAAAGGAUCUCGUCCAGUUGCGCGCCCAACCGGGCUUGGUGAGUCAGGAGUGCAAAUCGGCGUUUAUCCGAGCUCUGGUGGCGGUGGCAGGAACGGAUUCGACCGGAGACGAAGCUAUUCUCGGUCUCCUGUCCAGUUGUCUGAACUUUGAGCUGCUCCAGGAUGCCCUGCGUUCCGAUUACAAUCUUCUGACCGAGAUCUUCGCCUGCAUCUUUAGAAGUCAUCAGAAAUGCGUCGAAAAACGUAGGAAUGCUGGUGAGGAUCGUGAGCUGGAGCACACCGAUGCCGAGUUUGUGAUUCCCAUCAUUAAGCAGCUGUCGGACAUGGCACGGAGAUCCCAGAAGGUGAAAGACCUCGUCACCUGCCACGACAACCAAUCCCUCCGCCCUCUGGUAGAGUUGCUCCUCACCCUGAAAUCGCACUGCGUGGAGGAGCUGGCCGAGCUGGAGAAGCAGCUGAAGGCACACUUUAAGAAGGAGCGCAUCGCCAAGCAGCCGCUACAUGUGAAGCUACUGCUCCUGGAGGCGGAAGUCCUCAACAAUCGCUUCGAGCCCAAUGAUCUAGUCCUGACUAUUAGGGCGGUUUUCCGGGAGAGUGAGCCUCUGCUGCUAGCCGCCCACUUGCUAACGUCCCUGCGCAAGUACGACAUAUCCUUGCAGUUCGGUAUGGACAAGAAGAAGAAGAGCAAGAGAAACCGAGAGAAGUCCGACAGCGAGGAGGAGGAGGAGGGGGAGAAGGCCGCCGGGUCCACACCCAAAGUCAAAACCGCCUUCACCUACAUUUCUGAGAAACUUCUUGAGCUGGUUCGCGAUCACAAGCAGACGCACCUGAAGGAGGUCCUGAUACUCCUGUGCUCGGCCCUGCGCCUGAACCCAAUGCUGUUGGAGCACAGUGUCUACCAGAUCACCGUUUGGCUGCUCACCGCUCCGAAACAGAGUGCCGUUGAGGAGCAGCUGUACUCCGAGUAUCUGAUCCUGCUGCUGGACAUGUUCCGGCGCCUGAGUCGGGCCGAGAGGUUCAUCAUGAAUCUCCUGAAGAGUCUAAAGGAGUGGCUGGGCAAGUACCAGCUGCCAGUCGCCUCGGGGGAGAGCAAGAAGCGUCGCCUGCAAGACUCCGUGAGCGAAGGAGCUGAGACCGAAACGGAACAGCACUUUCUGCAGAUCAUUCUGGCGGAGACAUCGCCCACGUCAGCUCCCCCGGCCUCGUCCUCGAACGAUGCCUUCAAACAGCUGAAUCACACCUGGCCGAGUCAAUCGGCGGGCAUGGCCUUCACCCGCCUGGUCAGCCAUUUGAUGACCAAGCCGUCGCUGGUCAUAUGGAAGACGCUGCUCCACUCGUUUGCCGAGCUGCUGGAGGAGGAACAGCCUCAGGCUGUGCUGCCCGAGAAUCUGGACUUCUCGCGGGACUUUCAUGCGGCGCUGUUGUGUCAGUACUUGAGCGGCACUCGGCUGGCGGAGCAAGUGCAUCUGCAUCAGGGUGAGGUGGAACAGCAGCUGCAGCACACUGCCCAGGUGCUGGAGCAGUUCGGACGCCGGUUGCUCAGCCAGGAGCACAAUCGUCGCCUCAUGAACGCCUUCCUCGAGUGCACGGAGCGGGCCAGUGGCUUUGAACUGCUCCUGGCCCACUACUGGCCGGACGGUCAUCCCGCCAGCCAGAGAUCCGUACAGCUUCGCGGAUUCCUGCCGCCCUCCGAGUGGACUCUGAUCCAGCAGAGAGUCCACAACUUUGGCAAGAGCUCGUGCCGCCUGCGGUUGCAGCGCCUGGAGCUGCAGCUGGCGGAGAGCGGCUGGUUGCUGCAGGCCGAUCAACGUGGCGUGGGAUGCCCCGUCGCCCUGGCCGAGAUCGUGCCCGCAUCUCAGCUCUUCCGGCUAACCAGGCCCCAGAAACAGUUGCGCACCCAACAGGGGCUGCAGGAUCUGGAGGACGCGGACUGCGUGGAGCUGUUGGCCUUGAAGCUCCUUCAGGAGUACGCGGCUUCUGUGAAGGCGGCCAAGGUGAAGGGUUCCCUGCUGGCGAAGCUCAAGCUGGAGGAGCAACUGGACCAGGCUGCUCUGGUGAGCUUCCUCAAGGAGAAGGCUGCCACCGACAAGGAUGUGGAGGAUCUGCCUUCAGCUCUGGAGACUAUACAGGGAUUACAGGGCCUACCUCUGGUGCAACUGUCCAGCUCCAUACGCUCCCGCCUCUGGCUGGUCACCUUCGUCCUCUACAGGGAUCUCAGUCGCAACCAGCAGCAGGAGGAGGAAGCCAAGAAGCUCCUGGAAGUGCUAAUAGACCUGAUGCACUUUGGGCAACCGUUGCCCGUCUGUGAGUUCAUCCCAAAGCUGGCCACGAUGCUGGAGAUGAUUCCCACCACCACCGCGGAGGGCUGGAGCUUCUACGAGACUCUCUUCGCGCGCUGCAUUCGUCGGCAGGGUGCUGGCAGCGAGUCGUUCCUCGUCAGCUGCUCGGAGCACCUCAAGGAGCAGCUGACGGCCAACAGUAAGCUUAGUGGGGAGCAGACACGGCUCCUGCUCCUGGCCAUCCAAACGCUGUCCAAUGCCAGUGGUGCUCAGGGCCGGCGGUUGCAGCGGCACCUUCAGCCGCUGGUGGAGAUCUUCGGGGAGAUGGUGGCUCACAAGUUCCGCUCGAAAAAGAAGGAGGCAUCCGUCUACAUGGAGUUUGUGGACGACACCCGGGCGGGCUAUGCCACCUACCUGAGCAGCUGCAUCAAUCGGGUCGCCAAGCAGGAGCGCGAAAAGGAGCAGCUGGAGAAGAACAAGAAGGCGGAGGAGAAGGAAAACGAAGGUCAGGAGGAGGACACGGACAUAAAGAAGAAGAAGAAGAACAAGAAGAAGGCCAAGGAGGAGCAGGCCCCGGAGCAGGAUCUGUCGGAGACCAUCGAUGACAAGUUCCGGCGCAUAUGCAAGAUAUACAUUGGAUACUCUCUUAACUACCGCAAUCCGCACGCCAUCCGCCUGCUGAACGUGGCCCUCACCCAUCGCCAGCGGCUCCACUUGGAUCCCGAUGAGAUCGAGUUCGUGCUGAGCUCCUAUUGGCGGCAACUGAACGAGGACAUCGAAACGGGCGACAUCUCCGCCAGCACAGUGGAGCCGGCCAUCAAGCUGAUCAUCGGCUACAAGACCAACGAGGACUUUCUACUGCUCCUGCGGCGCCUCUCCAGCCAAAUCGGGGAGAUGCCGCGUCCGGAAACGCCCGCCCAGCAUACGGCCCUGAGGAAUGUCUUGACUCUGCUGGGACUCUUUGCCAAGUGCUCGCUGAGCAGCGUCAAGGGAGCGAUGCUCAACGAACACUUUGAGGUCAUCAGUGUGAGCGCCGCCCUGCGCCUGCCCGAGCCCAAGGAUGCGGAAUACCGGGGUCAUGCUGUGCGCCUGCUGGAGGCUCAGCGACACAUGGCCGGCAACAGGACGGUGCCUCUGACGGGCGAGACGUUGGACUGCCUGUUGGGCAGUCUGCUGGACGUGGACAUCAAACAUUUGAUCCGCAACGGUGGCAGUUGGCUGGACUUUGUGGAUCUGUAUGGCGCCAUAACGGACAACCUGAUGGUGUUGCUGAAACAGCACACCAACCUGAUGUCAGAUAGGGCCGCCCAGCUGAGUGCCCUGUGCCAGGAUCUGGUCCAGGCCAUUGUGGGCUAUCGGGCGGAGCGCAAGCAAGCCCAGGAUUUGAGUGAAACGGAGCUGGAUGGUCUGGCCGAUCUGGGCCUGAAACUGGCCACCGUAAUGUCCACAGUGACGACCACCCAGUCGCUGGCCGUGAAGCGAGUGGCGCCCUUCCUCCUGAUCUUCACCAUUCGCCAGAUGGUGGCCACCGAACGACCCACCACGUUGUUUGAAAAGGUCAAAGUUCACAUAGUUCGUGUGUGCCACGAGCUGAUUGGGAUCUGUGACCAUCGUGCCGGGCACUUUAUCCUGCGCUCCAGCAGCGAGGCCGGCGCCCGGAUGUACGAGAGCCUGGUGAAGGAUCACGAAAAGUAUCACAAGUUUAGGGGAAAAGUUUAA